AAACAGAGAAUCCAUAUUCUUCGAUACCACCGUAUUCGUGUACAUCCCUAACAUCUCUCCCCGAAAACAGUCGUCAGAGGUUUAUUUUUAUUGUCCCUUCCAGACGCCACCCUUUCCGAGCCCUUGAAAGUCCCUUGGCGAUCGUUCUUGGUCGCGGGGUAUCCCAGGCUCACUCCUAGUCUUCCAACUUCUCCAACGCUUUUACUACGAGCAUAAAGUAUCUAGACGGCCCUUUGUUUACUUUACUGGAGCAUACUCGGAAACAUGUCCAGAUCCAGAGGUAGUACAGUAAAACUUUCUACAGGCGAUAGCCAUGAAGCCAUGACGCAGCUCUGGCACUCUCUCGUAGAUACCAUUCGCGUACUCCCCACCAUACCAUCAAACAAGACAGAAGAGGAAAAAAAGACUCUAGGUGAUGCCCUCGAAAAGCUUGACAUGUUGAUGGCUCUCCGUCGCGGCGAAAGAUCAACACCCGACCCACGCGCUACACCAUCUCUCGUGUUGCCUACUAGUGCUUUACCCUCGCCUGGUUCUGGUGGUGGUGUCAAGCGAAAACGCAAGGGAUCAUUCUCUCUUUCACCUGCUCCUCCGACAUUAGAUCUGAACGCCGUCCAUCCGUCCAACUCUGCAUCGACUCGUCCGAGUACACCAAUGUCACGUGAAGCCACAGGUAAACACCGCCGUGAGCUUUACGCCGAUCAGCUUCCCUUGCAGCCUGGACGAAAGGUAGCCUUCAAGCUUCCUGCAGUUAAAGCGAAAGGGGAUGGCGAUACGAGUGUUAAUGGUGGGUCAAGUGGCGAUGACUGGAUUCUGGCCACUGUCAAGAGAUGUAUCUUGCAAGACAAGAUGAGAUAUGAAGUGCAAGACGUCGACGACGGGAACACAUACAACACCACGCUCAGGUCAAUCAUCCCUCUCCCUGAUCCAGAUUCUGCGACUCACCUUUCUUCUCACCCAAACAACCUCGAAGAUUUCCCCCGGGAAUCCAUCGUCCUUGCCCUCUACCCGGACACAACAUCAUUCUAUCGCGCAACGGUCGUCGCCGCUCCCAUACCUGGUACAGGCCACGGCCUCGGUAUAAGAGGUCAAGGGGCUAACAGCAAGGCGGACGCGGGGGCCAAGAGAGGGAUGUACAGAUUACUUUUCGUUGAUGAUGAUGGAAAUGUUCAGGAUGUACAGAAGGACUACGUUGUGGCAUUCCCGGGAUAAACGGUCUCUUGGUUAUUGUGUUAUUGCAUCAGGAUCGGUCAUGGAUUUUUGGAUAUUUUAUCUCUGGUAUCAUGGGAUGCAUUGCAUGGCUUUAGC